GGAGUUUUCGCAAUAACAUUGCUUCAGUCUCAGGCAGAGCUUCAGAGUCUAAAGAACAGCAACUAAAAGGUGUAUUAAAAACAGUUGAAAACAAUUUUUUUUUUACUAAACAAUAUGAAGGCAGUAUUAGCAAUAUUAUUGCUUGGACUCCUCGUGGGUGGUGGCUUUACACUUGAUGUAUGCCAGGACCAAACUGAGGGUGCACACUUAGCACACCCAGUGGACUGCUCGAAAUUUAUUGUAUGUGAACAGCAAAAGACUGCAAAAAUAUUAGACUGUCCAAACGGAUUACAUUUUAGCCGAGAAAUGGGCAUGUGUGAUUUAAAAUCCAGAGCUGGUUGUGAAGUCAAGACUAAUGCGUAUGCAGAUGCAGAUACAUGCGAAUGUGAUUGUUCCUGCUGUUGUAAUUGUUGCAAUAGUACUCCUACUCCUACUCCUACUCCUACUCCUACUCCUACUCCUACUCCUACUCCUACUCCUACUCUUAUUCCUUCAACACCAACUGCUACACCUACACCUACACCUACGCCUACACCAACACCUACACAAACACCAACACCUACACAAACACCAACACCUACACAAACACAACCAACACCUACACAAACACCAACACCUACACCAACUGUUCCAGGUCCCGGUCCAAGCACAGGUCCAUCUGGCGUUUCAUGCACGAAUCCAGGCGUUUGUGAAGGUAAACCUGAUGGUACAAUGGCCAAGGAUAAUAGUACUACCGGAUAUAUUGUUUGUCAAUGUGGUUGUGAAAUUCCAAUGGAUUGUCCAAUUGGUACAGAAUUCAAUAUAACAUCUAAAGUUUGUGAUUGGCCAGCCGGUUCAGGUGGAAUUGUCUGCCCUGGUGAUUUAGUUUUUAACGCCACCGCUAAUGCUUGUGACUGGCCACCAGGCUAUGACUAUGGAACUGGAAAUGUAAAUGUUACUUGCAGCAAUAAUGAAACGAUAUGUAAAAAUCAGGCCGAAGGUAUACUCUUCCCAGUUGACGGUGUUUGCAAUCAGUUCUAUAAGUGUAAUUAUGGUUGCGCAGUGCCAAUUACUUGUCCAAAUAACUUAGUUUACAAUACCAAGGGACAAUAUUGUGAUUUCCCACAAAACUAUGAUUGCCCAUGGCCUUACACACCACCAUCAGGACCUAAUGCAGGACCUUCUGGAUUUGCAUGCCCUAGCGGUGGUCGUUGUGUAAAAGAAAAAGAAGGCACUAUGUUUCCAUCAUUAAAAAGCUGCGGUAGUUACGUUAUAUGUCAAUGUGAGUGUGAGAUAGAAUUGAAUUGCCCACCAGGAUUGUAUUAUGAUAACGAUCGCAAAACAUGUAAUUAUUCGAGUCAAGUGUCUUGUUCCCUAUCUUAUUGUUGUGAAAAACUGCCAAAAGAAAAUUGCCUACCUUUUAAAGAGGUGACGUCUAUUUUAGAAACAGAAAAUAGUAAUAAUAGAGGAGCUAGGAGAAUACAAUUAUUCUCUAAAGUCAACGCUGUUGAUAUUCCGCAUAAUGUUGGCGAUUUUAGUGAUGUUGAGCAAACUGAUGACGAUGUCAUAGAUGAACAUGCUCCAGUUUCAUUAGAUAUUGCUGUUGCUGAAAUAAUAUUGCUACUUAGCAUUUGUAUAAGCAGUAUUAAUGCAUUGACCUGUAGUAAACACGAAAUUGGUACGCGUUUAGCACAUUCUUACAGCUGCAACAAGUUCUUGAUAUGUAACAGUGCACGCUCAGCUUUGAUACAAGAAUGUCCAAAUGGAUUACAUUUUAAUGCAGAACUACAAGUAUGCGAUUAUCCGUCUAGAGCUGGUUGUGUUAAAAAUUUCACGUCAUUAUUAAGUGAAUGUGAAAAUUGCGACUGUAAUGUUUGCUGCACAGAUUGCAAUGAUAAUACUACUCCUGCUGCUACAACACCAGCCAUUACAACUACGACUACAACACCUAAACCAGUACCUACAACAUCAGUUUGUAUAACAACAGGGAUAACAACGGGAACAACUACGACUACAACAGCUAAACCAAUAACAACGGGAACAACUACGACUACAACACCUAAGCCGGUCCCUACAACAUCAGUUUGUAUAACAACAGAAAUAACAACAGGAACAACUACGACUACAACAGCUAAACCAAUAACAACAGGAACAACUACGACUACAACAGUUAAACCAAUAACAACAGGAACAACUACGACUACAACAGAUAAACCAAUAACAACAGGUACAACUACGACUACAACACCUAAGCCGGUCCCUACAACAUCAGUUUGUAUAACAACAGGGAUUACAACAGGAACAACUACGACUACAACAGCUAAACCAAUAACAACAGGAACAACUACGCCUACAACAGCUAAACCAAUAACAACAGGUACGACUACGACUACAACACCUAAGCCGGUACCUACAACACCAGUUUGUAUAGCAACAGGAACAUCAACUGCUAAACCAACAACUACUGUUUAUGAUACAACGUUUGCACCAACAACUAAAACAACAGUUGCGACAACAGUAGCAACUACUCCUGGAACUACAAUUCAUGAUACUACAACCAUUCCAAUUGUGACUACAACACCUGAACCAGUAUUUACAACAACAGCAAUUAUAACAACAGGGAUAUCAACACCUAAACCAACAACAACCGUUUAUGAUACAUCAGCUGCACCAACAACCAAAACAACACCAGCUACAACAGUAGCAACAGCAACAGGAACAACUACUGUAACAAUUCCAGCAACAACACCAGCAACUUCAACAGUUAUCUUCACGACCACAAAAACAUCCAUUACUACUCCAGCAACUGGUUGUGACGAAGUAUGUUGUGGUCAGCCAUCUGGAAGUAUAAUUAGUAAACAAGGAGAUUGUCAGAAAUAUAUAGUUUGUAAUGAUCAAAAACAAAUAAUUAUGUCCUGCCCAAAUAAUUUGCAUUUCGAUGCAUCUACCUUAAAAUGUGAUUUUCCUGAAAAAGCCAACUGUAAAUGGACUUAUGUACCGCCCAGUGGCCCAUCCGCUGGCCCCUCUGGAACAUAUUGCGCAGCCGGUGGACGUUGUGUAGGUAAGCCCGAUGGUACUCACUUUACCAGUUCAUCGAAUGCGUGCAGUUCAGAAUAUGUUGUUUGCCAAUGUGAGUGUGAAAUAAAUCGUAGCUGUUCUUCACCUCUGAUGUUUAAUGUUAAAUCGGGAGUUUGCGACUGGCCCACUAACUUCGGAUGUUAAAUAAGACAAUGUAAUAAAAAAUUA